AGGAAAAUGGAUUUGCAUGAUAACUGAUCCAACAAUUGCUAAGGAAAUAUGUUUACGAACUGAUAUUUUUCCUAAGAUAAUGCUCAAUGAGAUUAUACCAAUUGGUAUUGAUGUUGUUCGUUCAAAUGGGAUUAAAGUUGAUGGAUGUUUUGGAAAAGUCAAUAAUAAGUCUAUUGACGUUAAAGAUCUUAUGCAAAGGUUUACUUUAGACGUUCUUGGAAAAAAUCUCGAAUAUCUGAAUAAUGCCUAUGUAACAGCUUAUAAUGACGCUCAUAAUAUGUUUAAAAGUUCAUUUUAUAAUAAUAUUCUCCCAAUUGAUCGCAUUCCAAUCUUAAAACGAUUAGCUUUUAGAAAAAUUGGUAAGUUAAGUAAUUUAUUUGAUACUGGACAUUCUAAUGGUGAUCUUUUGGAACUGAUGUUAAAGGCUUGUGAUGAUCCAAAUAUUUCUGAUAAAUGUUAUUGGAUACUGAGUUAA